AUGUAUCAAAGGCAAAUAUUUAAAGAAUUUUUGGCUAAUAAAGUUUUAAGUGAUCCAAAACAAGCAAGAAUUUUAAAAGCUCAUCAUGGUAAAGAACUUUUUACACUUGGUAAUGUUGAAGUAUCAAGAAAAUAUGGUACAGAAACUGCAGCUAUAUUUUAUGGAAAUAAUGGUGAAAAAAGAAGAGAAAAUUUUUUUGAUAAAAAAGCUAAAAUGGAAAGAAAAAAUAAAAAAAAUGAUAAAGAUGAUAUAGAUGAAGAGGGUGAUGAAACUGAAUUAACUUUAGAUAAAAUUGAACAUUUAAAAUGUUUAAGUAAAGAACAAAAGGUAAAAGAAGACCAAUUACAUGAUAUCAAAACAGAAGAAGAAAUAGAAAUGAUUAGUAGAAAAGAAAAUUAUAAUGUAAAGGAAGAAAAUAAUUAUGGUGACAAUGAUUAUUUACUUAAAGCACUUUUUAAAAAAGAUAUAGUUCAAUCAGCAAUAUCUCAUGAUAUAAUUAUGAAAGAUAUUCCAAGAGAUCAUCAAAUUAUUGAAGAUGAAGCAGAUUUAAUAGCAAAAAGGGCCAUUGAAGCUUUAAAUGCUUCUAUUAGGCAAAAACCAAUUACUAUUAUCCAAAAACAAAAUUCUCCAAUUAAAAAAGAAGUAGAAAAACAAAGUAAUCAUAGUGAUAGUCAAGGAAAACCUCUUGUAAAUUCUGGACUUGAUUUAGUUAGUAGAAUACAAGCUAGAAAAGAUCGUUUACUGGAGGCUAACGAUAUAUUUAUUCCUGAUAAUAUGGUAAAUGAAGAAUAUUCAAAACAUGAAUCCUGGCCAACUAGUGUCAAAGAACAAAUGGCAAAAAAAACAAAGUAUUCAUCAUUAUCUGAAGAAAUUUAA